CGCUCUCUGAUCUUGCAACCUCAGGCACGAACUCGCGUCGCCACUCAGCGAGUCGAAGCAUGAGCGCACUCGCCGCCGACAACAUCUUCUCUCCCGACGCGAGCGGGGACUCCCUCGCCAUGGAGAUCUCCUAUCGAGAUGAGAAUCCGCGAGAAGAUCGCGAGGACCCGUUCCUCGCGUUCGUCGAGCAGGCGCGGUCCGUGUUGUCGCCGGGGAAGCAGGACGAGGCCGGUCGCGACGCGGAAGGCAACGGAGCGGAGGCGGCCGGACCGAGCUGGAGCUGGAUCGUCUCGAGGAUCCUCCGGACUUGCGUCGCUUACUCCAGCGGCAUCACCGCGGCGAUUCUGCUGUCCGAUCUCUCUCAGGCGUGGAAUGAGCAACAAAGAUCCGGCGCAUCAAAGAGAAGGCCAGGCUGUAUCAACAUAUUGAAGAAGAAUCAUCGGAGGACGAAACUUCCGAACACAGUCACCAUCGACUCUAUAUAUGAGAAGAAAUUUUUGUCUCUGAGUAGCGUUUUGGAAGCUGUAGUUGUCGAUGCUUUUGUGCUUCCAGGUACAAAUGUCUACAUGCUCACUUUGGGAGACUUUUGGAGCUCAAAUACCAUAGAUCUUUAUCUCCAUCGUAGGUACUAUGAUUUGGUGAAUCCUCCAAAUGGGAUUUUGAAGAAGGGGAGGGAGAUAUUCCUCACUGGAUGCCAUCUUAGAACUGCUGCUGAGGGAUCUGGUUAUCCACGACUUUUACCGACAGAGUACCUUGUGAUACUUCUGGAUGAGGACCAGGAUGAUGAUGCUAUUCUUCUGGGAGCUCAAUUUUGUUCAGAUUAUUUUGCUGCUAUUUCUCUUGAUGCAGUCAACAGAGGAGUUUCUUAUUCUUUGUAUGCAAGGAUCGAAACUAUCGGGCCAGUGGAAAUUCAAGGGAACUCGAGCAGUUUGCAAAGGCAAAAAAUCACUCUUGUCGAUAAUGAUGGUAGCAAGUUAAAGUUUCUCCUAUGGGGCGAUCAAAUUAUCCUUGCCAAUCUUUUCAGCAUCGGAAGUAUGAUUGCGCUGGAUAGGCCAUAUAUUGCAAAUUGCAUCGAGAGUGCUCUUGAAGCAGCAGAAGAACUGUGUCUUGAAUAUGGCAGUGCCACACAAGUAUAUUUGGUGCCUUUCAUCCAGCACGAGGAACAAGUAUAUGUAGCAUUGUCACAAAAUCGGUGUCAAGGAUCAAGAUUGCUGGCUGCAGUGGAUCCUACUCAGAGCCAAAUGGUUUCUCAAGUAACCUUGCCCUGUGAUUCUCAGGGAUCAAUUGACUUCACUAAUUAUCCUUUUCAAUCAUUUGUAGUAGAUCUUCGUGACAAGAUGACGGGCAUCAGCCUGUAUGGGGUUGUUACAGAUGUGUAUAAAGAAGUUAACACGUCAGGAGUGAUCUUCUCAUUGCGCAUUGAGGACCCAACUGGUGCUGUAUGGGCAAGACUGCAUUUCUCAAAGUCUUGGUCUCUGAAGAGAUUAAGCUGUGGCCACACUAUUUAUAUCUCUGGGUUGACAUGCUCAAUGACAAAAAAUAAGCGCCUUGAAGUGUUAUGGUUUGAGAACGAUGGCAGAGCUUCUCUUGUCAAUCUUAGCUCCUUGCCGGCAAUGCUGAACUCCUCUUGUCUUCACAGAUUAUCAUGCAUUUCUGAUCUCUCCAGCCAUAGUAGCUCCGCACAGAUUUCUAAGGUCUGGCUGGACCAGAUUGAACACUGUCAAGUUGAUGUGAGGCUUUCACAUGCCCGUUGCGGCCAUUUCGUGAGAAAGACCCCCACCGGGAACCUCGAGUGCAGCUUCUGCCGCUUCGGUUGCGAUUCCGACGUUGUCAGCACAUUUUCCGUGAGAAUAGUUUUGGCAGAUGAGACAGGGAAAAUCUGCGCAUGGUGUACCGGUCAAACAGCUUCAGAGUUGCUACAGAUAACACCUGAUGAGUUCGACAGGUUGCCUGAGGACGAACAGUUAAUAUAUCCUUCGUCGCUUGAGAAUGAGAAGUUCAUAGUUGCCGUAGUGAGUUUUCGAAGACAUGGUUAUGGAUUGAGCGCUAGUCUUUCCCUCGAAUCCGACACGGUUCAGUGGGAGAUCACUGGGGCGUUGAGAUACGACUGAUGCCUCUCCAGAGGAAGAAUCAAUCCACACUCGAUGGUUCUAGUGGCGAAGCUUAGCCUCCGCGAUACAACAUCCCCUAAUGGAGAUAAUUUAUUAUUCAUUAACUAGAAAGUGUACUCGUCUCACAUGAUAUAAAUCCAGGGGAAGGGCUACCCGGACAUGUGUGCUUUAGUGGUCAUCACGCGCACGUUUAGCGUUCAAAUCCUCUCUAAUUUGCUCCAACAGUGUGUCCAGAACCCAAAUUCUGCCCUAAAACCUUGGUCACAGGCAAGCUUGACUGUCGGGUAGGGGGAGGAUUUGAGUCAAAUUCAGCUAUA